AUCAAAUGCCCAUAACAAAUAAAAAAUAUUAUUCAGGAGAAAAGAACUUGAGUCGAUCAUUUAAAAUCAACAAGUUUAACUGAUUUGAAUUAUUGAUUCUUUUCUCAACGAUUGAAAACUUUUUUAAAAAAUAAACCUAAAUAUUUUAAAAUGAAUCAUCAAAAUAAAUACAAUUUUUUACUAAUCACAACAAUGGUCGCUGCCGUCCUAUUCAUGACGAUAGGAUCAUGUCAAGCAAUGCCGUUUGUUACAAAAACCGACAAAGGUGUCGAUGUGGAUGUAUGGCCAUUUUUUCGUAUGCAUCUAGCACGUGAACCACGCGGAUUGGUGUUGGAUAUUGAAGUCUUAAGCGGUAUGGUUAAAGUUAAUUAUGACCGGAAACCCGGCGAAAAACCCAACAUUAAUGUCAGUGUAUUUGGUAUUGGUGGUGGUGGAGGAGGUGGUUCAAAAACGACAAUACCUAUUGAUGAUAUCGAAAGUGAACUUGGUGAAUUAAAAGCAAAACCGAAAAAUAAUAAAUUACUUUAAUACAUUAUCAAUGGAAUCAAAUCAUACCGGUGGUUUAUUUGGAAUAUUAUCUAUUUUCAUGUUCGAACAAAAAUAUAAACUGAUUUUAACUUGGAAUUAAAUU